UCAUGGUUUGUAUUGGACUCUGUUGAUGUUGUAUAUUGGACAAUGUUUUAGUAAAGAUCUGCAGUUUCAGGAGUUUAAUGGGGCAACAGGAAAAAAUGUAGUGUUUGCCCCUGAAGAUCUACCAUACAUUCCUUCACAGAUUAUUUUUAUUACAUGGGCUUUUGGAGUGGAUAAUAUUCUUACCUUUAACAAUGGUGAAAAUAAAGUUUCUCAAGACUAUGAAGGCAGAGUUAAUCUGAACACCACCACUGCUGCUCUGGAGCUCAAGAACUUGAGGCUGAAUGAUUCUGGGUCAUACAAACUGACAGUAAUAACAACUCCACAAACCUAUACAGGGCAAACUUCACUCAAAGUGUAUGAAACAGUAUCUGACACAACACUCACCAGUCUACAAAAAUCAUUAAUAGAGAAUGUAUCAAGUGCUAACAUAACCUGUGAAGGAAGCGGUGACAUCACUUCUGUGGAAUGGAUGAAAGACAAUAAUCCACUGACACCCAGCAACAGAAUCAUCUUCUCAUCUGAUAACAGAUCAGUGUUAUUCAGUCCAGUGAACAGAUCAGACAGUGGAGAAUAUCAAUGUACAUUAAGAAACCCUGCCAGCUCCGAAACUGCAAACCUCAGACUUAUCAUCAACUAUGGACCAGAAAAUGUUUUUAUUAAUGGUUUGAAUGAAGUGGAUUUAGGCCGUCUUGUGUCACUGUCUUGCUCUGCCACUUCUGUACCUUCUGCUUCAUUCACAUGGAGGUUUAAUGGAUCAGACACCGGUGUAACCACAAACACAUUUACCAUUGAUAAGAGUGACAUCACACACAGUGGAGAUUACAUCUGCACGGCCUACAAUGAUGUCACAGAGAAAAAUGUCUCUCAAAGACAUCUAUUAGUAGUUAAAGAAGGUGGUGUUGCAGGUGGAGGGCUGUCAACAGGAGCAAUAGUUGGGAUUGUCAUUGGAGUUUUAGUGGCAGUCGCAGGCAUUUGUGGUUUAAUUUUCUACUUUGUAAAAACAAAUAAAAUGACAAAAGUACGCCUGAGUGUUAAAGGACCAGCCAAUAAAGCACCUCAUAGAAAUCCAGAGGCCGAGUUUAAUUAUGUAGAUAUCAGCCAUGCACCGAAGGCUGAUGGAGGAGGAGUGAAUCUAGGGAAUACGAAUGAAUCUAGGACAGAGUAUGCACAAAUAACACAUGGGAUCUCAGGGAAACCAAGAGCUCCUCCACCUCCCUAUGGAAGUCAGCCUGGCUGUCUUACUGCAGUGACACUGCAACCAUCAGCAAACCCUGUGCGUGUGGGCACCAAUGUCACUAUUAAAGUAAUUGGCUCCACGAGCAGUCCAGCUGGUGCCUGGCUGUUUGGGCCGAGUGUAUUGUUUGUGUGGUACUCGGGGUCUCUGUUAAUCGGCAGUAGCUUCGAGAAUGGAAUCGCAUUCAACAACACAACAUAUGAUCUCUUUUUACCUACCGUAACUCUGAACAGUUCUGGUCUUUAUGUAUUUGAGGACAUCGGAGUGAAUCGGAGCAAAGCCGAGCUUAUUUUAGAUGUUCAGGAACCUAUAAGUGCCGUGUCUACAGGCGUUAGCAAAUCAAACCUAAUGGAGUUGAACGACAGCGUGACGUUCACAUGCUCUGCCAGUGGAACACCGAUGUGGAUUUCGUGGCAGAACGGCAGCUCUCUGAUCACAGCAUGGGAUAGGAUUGUGCUCAGUAAUGGCGGACAGGUUCUUACCAUUAAUCCGGUGAUGCGGUAUGACCAAGGACCGUUCAAGUGCAUUGUGGCAAACAACAUCAGUAAUGGAGAAAGCACGCAAGUUAGCCUCAAUAUAAGCUAUGGGCCGAGUAACAUGAGAUUGACGGCCUUGCCAGACAGAAUAGCAUAUGCGUCAGGCUCUGCUAUAUCUUUGUCAUGCAUGGCCGACUCCAACCCACCAGCAUCUAUGUCCUGGACAUACAACGAUGUUCCUCUAAAUGUCAGUGGCUCAAACCUACAAAUUAAUAACCUUACCCCAAGCAAAUCAGGACAGUACACUUGUGUUGCCCGUAACGCGGUGACAUUCCUAUAUGCUACAGUGACAAAAUCCAUUCGCAUACUUGAAUCAAUAUCACAAGUGAUGGUGAAUCCCCAAGCAGGCUACCCGAUAGAAAACGCGUCUUUUAGUCUGUCCUGCAAUAUUGUGGGGUCGAUGGGUUCCAUUCAGUGGAUGAAGAAUAGCUUGUACCUGGUCACCGACAGUAGGAUCACAUUCUCCAAUCAAAACUUAACCUUAAGCAUUAAUCAACUUAAUAUCAAUGACAAUGGACAAUACACGUGUGUAGCCAGUAAUGAUGUCAGCAACAUGAGCAGCCUGGCCUACAACUUCAAGGUCAACUAUGGCCCAAGAAAUGUAGCAAUCUCUGGUCCAGAUGUAUCUGGAGUGGGAUCGAUUGUGACCUUCAACUGUUCUGCUGACUCUCAACCUCAGAGUCAGUACAGCUGGUAUUUCAAUGGCGUGAAAGUAGACAACAGAUCGGUGUAUACGACAGGAGCUCUCACAGUCAGCAAUACAGGACGGUAUAUCUGCAUGGCCUACAAUAACAUCACAGGCCAAAGCAGCAAUGCCUCAAAGGACUUAACUGUAAUUGUUCCUAUCAGUGCCAUUACGGUGACCAUAAACAACCAGCAACCGGUCUUCAAUCAGUCAUUCACGCUAACCUGCAACAUCGUUGGAGAUGUUUCCUCCAUUCAGUGGAUGAAGAAUGGUCUGCCUUUGUACGCCAACAGCAGGAUCACGUUCUCCAGUACCAACUCAACCUUGAGCUUUAACCCACUGAAUCUUAAUGAUGGUGGACAAUACCAGUGCGCAGUUCGCAACCUUGUCAGCAACAUGACUAGCAUGCCCUACAACCUUACUGUCAACUAUGGUCCAUGGAACCUCACAAUCUCUGGUCCAACGGUAGGAGCUGUAGGGUCAAAUGUGACCUUCAGCUGUUCAGCAAAUUCUCAACCAGCCAGUCAAUACAGCUGGAUCUUCAACGGCACAAAUGUGGGAACCGCUUCAGUCCUUGUGAUCAGAUCUCUCGCAAUGAACAACAGAGGACAGUACACCUGCGUGGCUUACAAUAACAUCACAAUGAGCAACAGUAGUGCUUCAGUGAACUUAACAGUAAUCAAUUAUAUCACAGCUGUUUCAGUGAACCUAAACAAUCAGCAACCGGUCUUGAAUCAGUCUUUCUCACUAACCUGCGGUGUCAGUGGAGAUGUUUACUCCAUUCAGUGGAUGAAAAAUGGUCUGCCCGUGUACCCCAACAACAUGACCACUUUCUCUAGCAAUAACUCAACCUUGACGUUAAACCAACUCUCUUUCAAUGAUGCUGGACAAUACCAGUGUGCAGUGGUUAACCCUUUUGGCAACAUGACCGGCAACCCCUACAACCUUACUGUCAACUAUGGUCCAUGGAGCACCACAAUCUCUGGUCCAACGGUAGGAGCUGUAGGGUCAAAUAUGACCCUCAGCUGUUCGGCAAUUUCUCAGCCAGCCAGUCAAUAUAGCUGGUUCUUUAACGGCACAAAUGUGGGAACCGCUUCAGUCCUUGUGAUCAGAUCUCUCGCAAUGAACAACAGAGGACAGUACACCUGCGUGGCUUACAAUAACAUCACAAUGAGCAACAGUACUGCUUCAGUGAACUUAACAGUAAUCAAUUAUAUCACAGCCGUUUCAGUGAACCUAAACAAUCAGCAACCGGUCUUGAAUCAGUCAUUCUCACUAACCUGCGGUGUCAGUGGAGAUGUUUACUCCAUUCAGUGGAUGAAAAAUGGUCUGCCUGUGUACCCCAACAACAUGACCACGUUCUCCAGCAAUAACUCAACCUUGACGUUAAACCAACUCUCUUUCAAUGAUGCUGGACAAUACCAGUGUGCAGUGGUUAACCCUUUUGGCAAUAUGACCGGCAACCCCUACAACCUUACUGUCAACUAUGGUCCAUGGAGCACCACAAUCUCUGGUCCAACGGUAGGAGCUGUAGGGUCAAAUGUGACCCUCAACUGUUCGGCAAUUUCUCAGCCAGCCAGUCAAUAUAGCUGGUUCUUCAACGGCACAAAUGUGGGAACCGCUUCAGUCCUUGUGAUCAGAUCUCUCACAAUGAACAACAGAGGACUGUACACCUGCGUGGCUUCCAAUAACAUCACAAUGAGCAACAGUAGUGCUUCAGUGAACUUAACAGUAAUCAAUUAUAUCACAGCCGUUUCAGUGAACCUAAACAAUCAGCAACCGGUCUUGAAUCAGUCAUUCUCGCUAACCUGCGGUGUCAAUGGAGAUGUUUACUCCAUUCAGUGGAUGAAAAAUGGACUGCCCAUGUACCCCAACAACAUGACCACGUUCUCUAGCAAUAACUCAACCUUGACGUUAAACCAACUCUCUCUCAAUGAUGCUGGACAAUACCAGUGCACAGUGGUUAACCCUUUUGGAAACAUGACUGGCAACCCCUACAACCUUACUGUCAACUAUGGUCCAUGGAGCACCACAAUCUCUGGUCCAACAGUAGGAGCUGUAGGGUCAAAUGUGACCUUCAGCUGUUCGGCAAUUUCUCAGCCAGCCAGUCAAUAUAGCUGGUUCUUUAACGGCACAAAUGUGGGAACCGCUUCAGUCCUUGUGAUCAGAUCUCUCGCAAUGAACAACAGAGGACUGUACACCUGCGUGGCUUACAAUAACAUCACAAUGAGCAACAGUAGUGCUUCAGUGGCCUUAACAGUAAUCAAUUCUAUCACGGCUGUUUCAGUGAACCUAAACAAUCAGCAACCGGUCUUCAAUCAGUCAUUCUCACUAACCUGCGGUGUCAGUGGAGAUGUUUCCUCCAUUCAGUGGAUGAAAAAUGGUCUGCCCGUGUACCCCAACAACAUGACCACGUUCUCCAGCAAUAACUCAACCUUGAUAUUAAACCAACUCUCUCUCAAUGAUGCUGGACAAUACCAGUGUGUAGUUGUUAACCCUGUUGGAAACAUGACCGGCAUGCCCUACAACCUUACUGUCAACUAUGGUCCAUGGAGCACCACAAUCUCUGGUCCAACAGUAGGAGCUGUAGGGUCAGAUGUGACCUUCAGCUGUUCAUCAAAUUCUCAACCAGCCAGUCAAUAUAGCUGGUUCUUCAACGGCACAAAUGUGGGAACCGCUUCAGUCCUUGUGAUCAGAUCUCUCACAAUGAAUAACCGAGGACAGUACACCUGCGUGGCUUCCAAUAACAUCACAAGGAGCAACAGUAGUGCUUCAGUGACCUUAACAGUAAUCAAUGCUAUCACAGCUGUUUCAGUGAACAUAAACAAUCAGCAACCGAUCUUAAAUCAGUCAUUCUCACUAACCUGUGGUGUCAGUGGAGAUGUUUCCUCCAUUCAGUGGAUGAAAAAUGGUCUGCCAGUUUACCCCAACAACAUGAUCACGUUCUCCAGCAAUAACUCAACCUUGACGUUAAACCAACUCUCUCUCAAUGAUGCUGGACAAUACCAGUGUGUAGUUGUUAACCUUGUUGGCAACAUGACCGGCAUGCCCUACAACCUUGCUGUCAACUAUGGUCCAUCGAGCCCAACAAUCACAGGUCCAAGCGUGGCAGAGGUGGGGAACAACGUGACCUUCAACUGUUCUGCUGACUCUCGUCCUGCAAGUCAAUACACCUGGUUCUUCAAUGGCUUAGUAGUGGCAAACAGCUCAGUCUAUGUCAUGGUAGCCGUCACACUAAACAAUACAGGAUGGUACACCUGCAUGGCCUAUAAUAGCAUCACACAAACCAACAACAGUGCCACACUGAACUUCACUGUAUAUGAGGGGAUCACCUCCGUGUACGUGAGCUCCAAUCCACUUAUUCCAAAGGAUUCCGAAAACCUGAUACUUACGUGUAAAGUGAAUGGAUCCUACAACAGCGUCAGCUGGUUGAAAAACAGCCAGACUUUACAGACAUCUGACAGAGUAGCAAUCACUGGAGAGAAAAACAACACGUUGAACUUCACGCCCUUGAAGACAGCUGACAAUGCAGUGUACCACUGUAUCGCUACAAAUCCGGUUAGAUCUUACACGAGUCAACAAUACAAUGUGGUGGCCAACUAUGGACCAGUUAAUGUGAAGAUUUUAGUAGAUCCAGGGUAUAUGACAACCCUCACAUGCAGUGCAGAAUCCCAGCCGGCGGCCGUGUAUCAGUGGAUUGUCAACAACGGCACUGUGCUAACAUAUCAAGCUACUAUUGAAAUUCCCAUUCAGAAUAUCCUGGGCUACAAUUACACCUGUGUGGCCAGAAACCCCUUGACCAACACGAUAGUCUACACCAGCCACUUCAUCGGUGACUACCCGAAUGCUUCUGUCAGUGUCCACGCGAGCGUCAUGUUAACCGCUCUUCUCGCGCUCCUGCUCAUUGUGCUGAAUGAAUGCAUGUAAACCUGAGAGUGACAUUACGCCUCUGUGUGGACUGACUUGAGGUCUGAAUGAGGUUUACGGGUAAAAGAAAAUGUUAAGGUACAUAUAAAAGAAUAAAAGCACAGUGGAAUGUAUCUGCAAUUUU